UAAUGCUAGCAGAAUGUGGCUAAAGCAUGUUUGUUUUCGUAUUACACAUGCGGUCAAUCCAAAUUCAUGCACCAGGUUUUAUCAGCUGAGAUCAGUGUACAGACAAACUAAUUAUUGGCCUCCUGAUAGGGAAAAUGAUGGUUAUACGGAUGAGACUCGAAAUGAAGUAGAGAAAUAUUGGAGCGAGGAGCUGCAAAAAUACAUGAGGAGAUAUCAUGAUAAAGUUAAAAACAAAGACAAAACGCUGCCUAAAUGUUACUGCUUGUCUAUGUUUCCGUACCCAUCCGGUAAUUUACACAUGGGUCACGUGAGAGUGUACACGUUGAGUAAUCUGUUCGCCCAGCUCUACCGCAUGAAGGGCUAUGACGUCAUCCACCCCAUAGGAUGGGAUGCAUUUGGACUGCCUGCAGAGAAUGCUGCCAUUGAAAGAGGUAUCGACACAGCCACCUGGACUAGAACCAACAUUGACUCCAUGCACUCUCAGCUGGACAGGCUGGACCUUCUCUUGGAUUGGGACAGUGAGGUUGUUACUAGUGAUCCCAAGUACUAUAAGUGGACUCAGUGGCUGUUUCUCCAGCUGUACCAAUAUGGCCUGGCUUAUCAGGCCAAUGCCACUGUCAACUGGGAUCCAGUUGACAAGACAGUUCUAGCCAAUGAACAGGUCGACGAACAAGGCAAGUCCUGGAGAUCGGGAGCAACAGUUGAGAAACGUCGUCUCAAGCAGUGGUUCCUCGGAGUAUCACGUUUCUCUAAAUCUCUCCUUGAAGGCUUGAGUAAUCUAAAGUUGUGGCCGAAACACGUUAAGGAACUACAGCGACAGUGGAUUGGGAAAGAGUUGGGUGUUACAUUUGUAUGCGAUGUAGUUAACUCGUCCAAUGAGUUGGUUGAUACCCUCUCAGUUUUCUCUUUAGACCCAGAAAAGGUCAAACACUCCACUUGUGUGUUUGCGCACAUUGAUAGCUUUUUACAUGGAGAAGAGGCGCUCUAUGUUAAGAAUCCAAUGUCUGGAAAAACAAUGAGUGUACGUGUUUUCGAUACGAAAAAUUUUGCAGAUAGCGGUAAAGUUUUUUUCGAAACGGAUCAGACAAAAAAAGUUUCACAUGAAAACCAAUACAAUGUUAAUUCGAAUAAAUUGCAAGAGUUUGUUGACUCAAAUAUCAGUAAAAGUUGUUUUGUAUCUACGAGUCGAGUGCACGAUUGGCUGAUUUCGAGGCAGCGAUUUUGGGGUGCACCGAUACCUGUUGUACAUUGCGAUGAUUGUGGGACAAUUCCAGUGGCUGAAAAAGAUCUCCCAGUUUCACUGCCAGACAGACAGCCAGACAAAAGCGCUUUGAGUGAUUAUCAAGAUUGGCUGGAAACGGAGUGUCCAAAGUGUGGUAAAUUAGCCAAGCGUGAAUGCGACACGAUGGAUACUUUUGUAGAUUCAUCAUGGUACUUUUUACGCUACUUGGAUUCAAAUAACGAAAAGAUGAUUUAUAAUCCGAUCAAAGAGAGCAAGUUCAUGCCUGUUGAUUUAUACGUUGGAGGCAUAGAACAUGCAAGAAUGCAUCUACUGUACGCCAGAUUCAUAAUGCAUGUGUUUUACGAUUCGAAGCUAGUGUCGAGCAAAGAACCGUUUUCUAAUUUACUGUGCCAGGGACUAAUGUUAAGCCAGUCAUUUAAACUAGAAGGAUCAGGGCAGUACGUUGUACCAGAAUCAGUUACCGCAAAAGAUACUUCGAAAGAUUUGAUACAUACAAAAACUGGACAAAAAGUUGUGACGCAGUACGAAAAAAUGAGUAAGUCAAAGUACAAUGGUAUAAACCCUGACGAUUUGGUGAGACAAUACGGGUCGGAUACUGUAAAGUGCUACGUUCUUGACAAUAUAAACCCGACGAAAGAAAUUUUCUACAAUCCCAGAAAUCUGAUGGGCGUGAUUCGAUGGAGAAAUAGGCUGUGGAUUUUGGUUACAAAUUUCAUAAAUCACCAUUCAUCGGAGGAAAAUACUCGUUAUGUGCAGUCAAAAAAAGAAACUUCAGUUGAGCAUUUGUGGAAACAAAGAAAUAAAGCGGUUUUGUCCUAUGAAAAUAUGAAUUGUUUUGAAGUUGCCGACUUGCGACCUGAUAAGACUUUGAGGCAGACACAAGCUUUGACAAAUAUGUUGAAAACUUUUGACCCGUCUUAUUACGGAAACUUGAUAUUUCAAAGAAGCUUACUUGAUUUGGUUAUCAUGGUUGCUCCUUUUAUGCCACUUGUUUGCUCAGAACUUUGGUCAGGAUUGUCCGAUCACGUGGGACUAGAAGUGAAAAGCAUGAAAUGCUAUGAUUUCAAGAAAAGUGUGCUAGAACAGAAAUGGCCUGAAAAAGCAGACGGGUCUGAGUUAAACAUAGAAAUAAAUAAAAAUGUAUAAUUUGUAAAAAUGAAGCCUUGUUUCUUGCAGAAAUCUAUCACUGAAAACUGAGUAUUCGUUUUUUUUACUUCCUCGAAAACAGCAGUUUAAAAUCAAUAUUAACGUCAUUCAUAUUAAAAUGUUCCCAAGUUUCAUGGAAGUGGCAUUAUGCAAUC